GUUACCGUCAUGCGCAUAAAUAAAUCAACAAUAUUUUGAUUUUAAUUUAUACUGUUUGUAUUAAGUUAUCGUAUGAUUUAAAAUGUGUUAAUAGUAUUGCAAAAAAUUUUAUAUAUAAAUUAACCGUAUAAUUACAUCGUGAUUUUUAUUUAGUAAUAAUGGAGGAUACAAGUAACGAAACGCCGCUUGAAAUACCUCCCCCGAAGAAUACUAAAUCAGAAACUGAUUCUGUUUCAUUGUCUUUAAGUCUUCCUAUGGGUGAAGACCGAAAUUCUAAAUCUGAAGAAAUUUCCGAACAUAUUUUAUCUCCAAAUAGUGAUAGUCUCGAAAACGAUCGUUCGUUUCAAGAAAUAGUAGUUCCAAACCCCUAUCAAGAUAUUUACGUGAAUGAAAUUUUUAAAGAAGACAUAUCAAAAGACAAACAAUCUAGUGUCUUAGAUACAAGUCUUCAAAGUGAAACGAGUGUCAUAAGUUUGCAUUUUUUGGAAAAAAUCGAGGAUGAGUAUGUGAGAAAUGUUUUAGAAGACAUUCUCCAAACUAAAUCCGAAUUAGACGCUACUGCGAGCUCUAAAGACGAAAGUUUUAACAUGUUUCAAAACUUGGACUUGAACGACAAAAGUCUUACCAAUAGACUCAGUCUUAAUAAUUCAAGUUUUGAUGAUAAAAGUUUUAAUAAUGUUAGACAUAGUUUAGACGAAAAAAAUCUUGAUGUAACAAAUUUUGGACUCGAUCUGGUAUCUAAUGACGUUGAAUUGAAUAAAGAACUUAAAGAUAUGGAAGAAAUCAUUAUGAUAAAAGAUAAUACUUUAGAAAUAGACUCAAUGAAAGAGACAAGUAAUACUAAUACCAUGAGUACUUUAUCUACAACGGAAUAUAAGCAGUUACAAGAAGAAUGGCAAGGAAAGCUGCUAGAAUUCAAUAGCGAAGUAGCGUAUAAAAACGAUUUGAUAGAACAGUUGACUAAAUCGUUGAGUCAAUCUUUGAAAGAAAGAACGGCUCUGUUAAUACAAAUUGACGAUUCCAAGAAUGAAAUAACGGAUUUACAUGAGAAAUUGGCAAAGGCAUGUCUUGUUAUUGAAAAUUUAGAAAAAUCGGCGGUAAAAGAAAAGGGGAAGCUCGAAAUUAGUGAGAUUGAAGGUACGUUACCUGAUAGUGUCAACAAAUAUUUUGAACAGGAGUAUCUAGUGCUACAAGCAAACCUCGAUAGUAUACAACAAAAGAACUUGGAACAUUUGAAUUUCAAAUUUAACGAAAUUUUGGAAGAAACCGUUUCAAAAACAAUGAAAAUUCAUGAACAAGAAAUAAAACAGUUUAAAGACGAAGUAGCAAAGGAAAAGGAAGAAUUAGAAUGUGAGAUAUCUCGAUUAAGAUUACUGUUGGCAGAAUUUCAGAAUGGUACUUCACAAAUGAUGGACUUGAAAAAUGAACUUGAAUUAAAACAUUCUCAAGAAAUGGAGGAAUUGAGGACAUAUUUCGAGAGAAAAUGUGCUGAUAUGGAGAAAAAUUACUCAGAAGAAAUAUUCAGCCAACAAAGUAAGAAAAUGUCAAGUUCAAGUUGUUCCGAUGAUGAAUUAAAUUCAGAUCUACCUUUAUCUCAUGCUCCUGGUCCCGAAGGUGACGUGCAUCACGAUUUCCAAUCAAAUAUCAGUAAAAAGGACGUCAUCAAUUUACAAAACGAAUUGAGCAGCAUCAUCAAUAAGAUUAAUAAAUGCGAUUUGGAUGCCAUGACUGAUGACGAUUUUGCAAACUUGCGGGCUGAAAUCGGAAGGUCGAAUUUGCCUUGUUUGCUCAAAUGUUACAGAUUCCGAAGGGAAAGUGAUACAAAUGCAGAUAAUGUAAAUAAAUUGGAUGAUAUUGAUGCACAAUGUGAAGGGAAGAUAACAGAAAAUUACGAUGAAGGUGUAGAAAACUUGAGGCAACUAGAAUAUACUGAAAAGAACAAUAUCAGUGUCAGUUCAGCUGUACAGGAAGUGGGCAGUUCUGGAGAAUUUGAAAUAAAAGAUGUGAUCCAGAGCUACGAAAGGAGGCUACAGGAACAAGUCACGUUAGCCAAGAUAGAUAUAAUAUCAGCUCUAGAAACCCAAAUUCAGCGUCUUGCUGCGAGCGAAAUCGAUGAUGAAGAAUGGCCAACGGAAUUGCUCAAAUUACGAAAUAGAUUCAAGGAAAAGUACGAAAUUGAAAUAGAAGAUUUGAAACGUCGACAUCACUUAGAAAUCGAAAAAUUGCGACAGGAAAAUUUGAAAGUUAUUCUGGAAAGUACUAGAAGACGUAGUUCUAAAGAAGGAGAAAGUAUAGAUAAAGGUGUAUUUGAACUACUUUCGAAAGAGAGGGAUAAUUUGAAACGUCAAGUAUCCUCAUUGAGGAAUCUCCUUGGAGAAUUAUUAAAAUAUUUCACUCAAUGUGAAGAUGAGCUGAACAACACUUUGGUAGAUGAGCUGUUGAAACAGGGUUUCGAUAAAAAUUUAUCUCAAAUCGAAGAUGAGCUCAAUUUUACCCAAUCGAGUCCGACUAGCUCUUCCAAAACUAGUGAUAGCACUUUGAACGUUACCAGGGUUCAUCUGACUCCUAAUUUCACCGAUUUGAUAAAUAUAAUCGAAAACAGUUCGACUGAAGAAGGUGAUUCCAAAGAUAUUUCCAUUGGGUUGAAAAACGAAUUGAGUGUUUGCUUGGAGAAGUUGAAACACGAAGCUAAUGCUAUACUGGCUUUAACCAGCCAUAUAUCCAAACAACCGGUGAACGAAAACAUUGAAGAUAGAGGUGUUGAUUUGGAUGAGCAAAUUGCAGCUCUAACCAGAAAAUUGAUAUCCGAAACACAGUUGAAAGAGGAAUUUAAAUCGGAGCUGGAAGAGAAUCAGAAAUAUGUUGAAACUUUGGAGAAGGAACGUGAAAGAUUAGAAGCGGAAAUAGAAACUGUCGUUGCUAAAGAAAAUAUGCUCGAAGUGGAUUUGAUUAACGCUAAAAAUAAAAUUGCACAAUUGUUAGAAAACGGCCGUAAGGAAAUUGUGUCUGAGGGAUAUGGAGAAGCCGGUUUUCCAAUGCGCAGUUUAGGUGAUACUGUGAGUAUGUUGGCGGAAUUGCAAGAGAAAGCCAGGAACGUGUUAGCUCAGACGCGAACAGGUGCUGAUCCCAAUCUGUUACAUCUGAUCGAGGAAUUGUGUCAAGUUGUGGAGAAGAUCAAAGAGGAAUCGAAAAGGGAUAGAUGCGAUCUCAUCCAGCAGAUAAACGCCGCCGAUAAAAAAUAUAGGACGACUCAGAAAUUUUUAGAAGAACAAGCCGCGGAAAGGGAGCUAGAAAGGGACGAGGCCCAGAAGAAAAUCGACGCUCUCUAUAAUCAACUCAGAGAAAGGGAUAAGGAGAAAAUUAAUUCGGUGAUGGUAGCUUCCGAGGUUAAUGGCGCUUACUGUAGAUGUAGAGACAAUAGUCGUGCCUUUGUACAGAUUGAACUACUAGAACAACAAUUACAAGAAAAGUCCUCCGAACUAGAGGCCUCUUCGAUGAGAAUCAAAGAUGUAGAAACGGAACGUAACGAAGCCGUAGAAAAAAUAAAAGUUCUACGCGACAUUAUCCGGGAUUUGGAAUUGCAAACCGAAUCGAAAUCCGCGGAAAUCGAAGAUUAUUUGCGGGCCAUUAACAAACUUCAAAAUAUCAUCGCUCAACAAGAAGCCUUGGAAGGUAGCGAACAAAGAGGAGAUUUAAAAGAUGCUUCGGGUAUCGAGGAAUUAUACAGGCACAUAGAGAAAUUGGAAAAUGAGUUACAAAUAUUGAGAUUGCAGACUGAACUCGGUGGUAACGAGGGUACAGCUAAACAGAUUCGUACCCAGCUUUACGAAAUUGAAAUUCAAGUUGAUAAAAAAACCAAAGAAUUAGAGACGCUCCAUUCUACGGCGAGUACCAAUUGCAGUUCACCUUCGGAAGAUUUGUCUGCUAGAGAAAUAGUGUUACCGAAAAGCCCAAAGAAAAUGGAAGAUUGUGAAGUACCCCUACAACAACUUGCUAGAUUAAGGGAAAAAUUGAUUAGGCAUUCUAGAGCCGAAGAUGCGGCCAUGAAACGAAUUAGAGACUUAGAAAUGCAAGUUUUUGGAUUAAAACAAGAAUUAGAGGAAACUGCAAGCGAAAGGGAAUAUUUGAAAAAACAAAUUCAGGAGCAAUUAGUUCUCAUAUCAGAUUUCCAGAUUAGAUUGGAUGAACAAAGAAUCAGAGCUGAUAAUAUCGAAAAACAGACCAACACUUCUUUGGAAUUGAAAAUCUACGAUAUGCAAAACGAAAUAACUUCUUUAAGGGAAAAAUUGCAACAAAAAGAAAAAUAUAUCAACAACCAGGUUGUAUUAUUGAAGGAAACCCAAGAUAGAGUGAGGAAUUUGGAAAAUGAAGUCAGUUGUACCAAAGACGAUGAUUUGAUAGUGGAAAUGCAAAAAGAAAUCGAUAAACUUCGUUCUGAUAAUGCUCAAAUGAAAAAGAAAAUCCAAAACGACUCCCAGAUGGUGCCUAAUUUAGUGGAAAACAUAAUUUCAGAUAAAAAUAACGACAUGGAGAGAUUAAGACUGAAAUUAGAUGAUACGGAAAAAUUAUUAGAAGCAUACACUUCGUUGAAUUUGGAUAAAAAAGAUUUAAAAACUUUAGCCGAAAUCAAAAACAACGGAACUAAUUUGGAAGAACUUAUCAGUAUAAUUGAUUUGAGUCAUGGCGAUCAAGUGAGAAAAAUGGAAAGUAAAAACAACAGCGAGUCCUUGAUGACGACUAAUUUAUUUUUAAAACGAAGAAAAUCUGAUGAAACUUUAAUGGAUGCUGAAAUAUCAUCUAUAAUUGGACCUAAUACAGCAACUUCAGUACAAGCAAGAAAUUCUACCGAAAUAUCUCAUAGGAGAGUCCAUUUUGAAGACACCGAAAUAGAAAAUUUAAAAAAAGAAAUAAAAGAUUUGAAAACUUCUCUGGAAACCAAAGAUACUGCAAUCAAAGAAUACGAAGACAAAUUGAAACUACUCAACAAUUUAGAAACUAAAAUAGAAAAAUUACAAACGUCACUCGAGGAAACCGAAAAAACUCUAGCGGCAGCAUCAGAAACCUUCGAAAAGGAACAAAAAGAACUCAAAGAUAGAGAAAAAGACUUGGGCAUACAAUUAGCUCAAAAAAAAUUAGAACUCGAAGAAAAAGAAAAGGAAUUAAACGUAUUAGAACAAGAUUCUAAAAGAAAAGAUGAAAUGUGUAAAAAUUUAACCAGAGAAAAAAAUAUUUUGGAAAAAGAAUUGACAAAGUUGAAACACGAAAAUUUCCUUAACGUUGACGAAGCUAUUAAAAUAAAAAACAGUGAAAUAAACGAUUUGAAGCAACAAUUAAGUAGCAAAUACAAGUGUGAAACUGAAAAAUUAAUGAAAGAAUUGUGUGAAAAGAGUGAAGAAACUGAACGUUUACUGAACGAAAUAGAUCAAAUAACGAUGGAUUUGGGGGAAUCCCAAUCUACUAACAACAUUUUGAAAAAUAAUCUGGAAGAUUAUUCGAACGAAAUAAGGAAAUUGAAUAAGGAAUUGGAAAAUAAGAAUUUACAAAUUGAAUCGUUGACUACGGAAUUGAAUACGGCGAAAGAAAAAUUGAAUAAGAGGAAAAAAAUAAUUAGGGAUUUGGAAGAUACGGUAUCUUCUCAAAAGUCGUCGUUGCAAUCGCUUUAUGAAGAUCAAGAGCAACAAAAAUCUUCUCUGAUGGAUAAGGAAAGCACCAUUGAUGUUUUAAAGGAAGAUGCGGAAAGGUACCAAAGAGAUAUAGCUAUAUUAGAAUCUGAUAUAGAGGUGUUGAAAAAUGGGGAUUGCUCUAAAUUGAAACAAGAUUUACAACAAAAAGAAGACAAAAUCAAUGAAUUGAUCAAAGAAAAAACGCAUCUGUUGGAAUUGCUUAACGAAAAGGAGAAAAUUAUCAACCAGAUGGCCGAAGAUAGUCAUCAGUUACACCUCAAUCUGGUUACGAUAAAAAGUAAAAUUAAGGAACCCGGAAAUAUCGUAGAUAUGGGUAACAAACUACGAGAAGAACAACGAAAAACCGCUGAAUUGGUACAAGAAAUCCACAAUUUGAAAAUACAACUCUUGCAAUGCAAAAACAACGACAUGACUUCUUCAGUAGACGAAAUCGCCGAUCAACUCAAACGAGAAUUAGACAAUUCGAUAAAAAUUGAUUCUAACAUUAUGACAGCCGUUAGUGAUCAAAGCCUCAACUCCAUUUCGGAAAUUCACGACGUUGAAGCCUGCAGAAAAUCUCUAUCUAAGGAAAAGACAAAUAAAAAGCAACUUCUUCAGCACGUUCAUAAACUCCAAGCCAAAAUUACAGAACUACAGAACGAAUUAGAAAAAGAAAGAGCCGCUUUAUUACAGACAAGAACAGAGGACGCUCUGUGUAUACAAAAGCUGAGAAUUCAAUUGGACGUGGUGCUGGAUAACGUGGAAACUUUGAAAAAAAUUGUUGCAGAAAAGGAGAACGAAAACUCUGAAUUGGAAAAGGAAAUAGAUUCUUUAAAGAGAAAGAACAUUAGCUCAGCUUCGAAAUCUGAAUCUACCGAAUAUAAAAAACUUCCAACUGUUGAAACUGUAGCACUUAAUAAACUCCGAAUGGAAUACGAAACUCUCCAAGGGGAGAAAAAUAAACUAACCAACGAUUUAGCUACAAUGAAACAAACGGUUAUCGAAUUAGAGAAUACUUGCAGUGGCACCAAAGAUUUAUUAACAUUAGAAGUACAAAGAAAGAAAAAUUUGGAAGAUAAAGUUCAAUUUUUACAAAAGAGGGAAAAGGAAUUUAAGGAAAGUUUGAUGAAGAAGAGUCUCGAAAUGGAAAGAGUAGUGGAUGAAUUAUCUCAAGAAAAAGCGGAUUUGAUAAAACAAAAAUUGGAGCUACUGCAGAGAUUGAAAUCACAAAAUCCAUUCGAUUAUCGCCCUCCACCUCUUUCGGGCACAAUACCUGAUGAACUAUUGCACAAAAUCAAGGAACUCAACGCCGCUCUACUUGAUAAUAGAAAACUGAUGGAUUUAAUAACAAGAAUUUCUAAUGAAAAGAAACAAAUAGAGAACGAAUUGGAAAUAUUGAAAUGUACAAGCAAAAAUAAUAACUCACAGCUUCCUACCAAUGAUUUAAUAGCAAGGGCAGAUUAUCUGUUUGCCAAAACUUUAAAAUUGGAAAGUACAAAAAAAGCGUUGAUCUUCCAAAAAAGGUAUCUAAUGCAAUGCAUACUUACCCAUAACAAUCCCAUAGAAACUCUACCUGAUCCGGCGACUCAACGAAACAAGUUCAGGUUGAAUUCUAACCGGACACACCGUUUUAGGGCAGCAGUAUUCGUAGUUGUGUCAGUAAUUCGUAUGAAGUAUUUAGUUCGAAGAUGGCAUAGCGGCGUUAGGAUAGCAGAAAAAAUUAAUGCUCGUCAUUACAAACCGCGUAAAAGAACCGAGAUUAACACUCAACCGGCUCAAUUUCAAGUGGGACAACCUGUUUCGAAUCAAUUCUUCUUCAACGUUCCUACCAAUACGAAUACAACGAGAAAUUUGAAUCCAUUUGUUAUUCAAGAAGAGGCUAAGGAUGAAUCGAAUAGAUUGGAAGAAGUUAGAGAAUUGAAUAGAAAUGAAGAAUUAUUGGAGAGAUCUGUACCGUGGUCUGGAACGACACCACCGUCCAAGGAAAAGCGAAGUAAAAUUUUUAUAGGCUCAAAUAGUUUGAAUAAACAAGACAUGGAUCCACUGAAAGCUCCUCAACUUCUGGCACAGUUCGUUGAGCGUUUUGAUCAAAUACAGGAAAAAUUAGAUGUAGUACUGGAUACGAAUUCCUCCUAAUUUUUGGAAUUGAAUUUUGUACAUACGCAUAAAUUUUCUAAAAUUGAUUUCACAUUAAGGCCUUAAAAUUGAUCAAGCAUCUUAGUCAUUUUAUACAAGUAUUAUUUUAUAGAAUAGUUGUCGAUUUAGUUCUUUUUUAUAAAAAAAAGAGUAUCGUUGUUAGUUUUUUUUAAUAAAUGUUUGGUGUGCCUUUAGAGUAAAAAAACUGCCCCGUAAAAUGUAAAAAGUUAAUUUUUUUUCGUGUUACGUUUUAUAAUAUCUUUUGUAUAUUUUUUAAAAUAAACUUGGAGCACUCGUUGA